AGAGCAUGUUGGUCCCUUAAUCCCUUUAGGAGUAGAGUUUUCAAACCCUAACAGGCCGUUGCCUCUACCUUUGGACUUCUUUCAGAGAUCCCGUCAAUCAUUGCCACUAUCAGGGUAGCCCUAACUGGGUCUUGAUCAGACGAUACAAUGCCUUGUCCCCCACGAGACGAGUUUCAAAUCGGGUGGAUCUGUGCCCUUCCCGUCGAGGCAGCAGCAGCCAAAGAAAUGCUCGACGAAAAUUUCGGAUUUCUCGAAGAGCAAGAUACAACAGAUCCAAAUAUCUACACGUUGGGCCGAAUAGGCAAACAUAAUAUUGUGAUCGCCUGCCUGCCUGCAGGCCAAUAUGGAAAUACUGCAGCUACUAUUGUUGCAAACAACAUGGUCCGUACGUUUUCAAAAUCACUACGUAUUGGCUUGAUGGUAGGUGUGGGAGGCGGAAUUCCAUCCACUACCUGUGACAUACGGCUUGGUGAUAUCGUUAUCAGCUGUCCAACAGAUACCUGUGGCGGUGUGCUUCAGUAUGAUAUGGGUAAAGUUGGAGUUGGUGGUAAAUUUACUCGAGUGGGAUCUCUGAACAGCCCUCCUAGGUCGCUGCUAGCGGCCGUUAGUAAGAUGAGGGCUGCCGAGCUUACCGACGAUCCUCACUAUUCGGAAUAUAUCCGACAAGCGAUUGGGAGAACCCGAAAAACCCAAAAGACCUUUGCCAAGCCUGACCAGCAGAGCGAUCGGUUAUUUCAGAGCAAGUACGACCAUCUGGCUACUGCAGACAACUGUGGCGUAUGCCUGAGAGAAUGGGAGGUGACCAGAAGUGAGCGCGAGGACAAUGAACCGCAAUCUCACUACGGCAUUAUUGCGUCCGGGGAUUCUGUCAUCAAACACGGAAGGACACGAGAAGAGAUCCGCACGCAAACUGGGGCAUUGUGCAUUGAAAUGGAGGCGGCAGGAUUGAUGCUGGAUUUCCCCUGCAUUGUAAUCCGCGGUAUUUGCGAUUAUUCUGAUUCGCACAAAAACAAGCAAUGGCAAGGAUAUGCUGCAUUGGCAGCGGCGUCAUACACCAAAGAACUGUUGGGAUAUAUACCAAAGGGUCAAGUGUCGCAAGAAAGCCUGGCUACAGAUGUUUGUCGCUCCCUAGAAGUCUUAAAUCGAACGGUCAAAGGUACCAACGAUCGAUUGGAUAAAGCAUAUGAUCAACAAGAACGGUAUCACACUGAACAGACAGCUCGAGUCUUGACAGAUCAGCAGAAAAAGUGUCAUCAAGUAUUCAAGAUUUCGAACUACGAGCAGUACAAGAAUAUCAACCCCGAUAGAGUACCAGGAACAUGUCAAUGGGCUUUGCAGAGUCCAGCUUACCUCCGUUGGUGGAAUAGUUGCGGCAAUGAUCUUCUCUGGAUAUCAGCCGACCCUGGCUGUGGGAAAUCCGUGCUCUCUAAGUCACUUAUCGAUGGUGAUCUACAAGCCAGCAGUUCAGCGGUAUCAAUUUGCUAUUUCUUUUUCAAAGAUAAUGAUGAGCAGAAUAGUUUUGCUACAGCACUGUGUGCAAUACUACAUCAGCUCUUUAGUCAACAACCAAGUCUGCUACGACAUGCGGUGCCGCCCUGGGAGAAAAAUGGGGAAAGGCUUCAGCAAGAGCCUGAUGAGCUUUGGCGGAUUCUCCUAGCAGCGACAUCGGAUCCUACAUCUCCAAAGACCAUUUGUGUGCUUGAUGGACUUGACGAAUGUCGUCCCGUGGACCAGAACCAACUCAUUCAACGACUCAAGGAGUUCUAUAACCAAACCAGCUUGCGGACGCCACCGAGUUGGUUAAAGUUUCUUGUCACCAGCCGCCCAUACGAUGAAAUCCAGAAUAAUUUCAAGCCUAUAACAGACUUAUUUCCGCAUAUUCGUCUGAAGGGGGAGCAGAAAAAUGAACAGAUUCAUGAGGAGAUUAAUCUCGUGGUGAAGGUAAAAGUAAAAGAGUUGGCUAAGACAUCAGGGCUCCCAGCCGAUGUGGAGCAGCGAAUUGCGGAUCGGCUUUGUCAAAUGCAACACCGCACGUACCUGUGGCUAUAUCUGGCCAUCGAUGACAUCCGUAAUACAUUUCAGAAUAGCCUUCGGCCAGCUAAUGAAUCAAUUGUACUGGUACCCGACUCCGUGUACGCGGCGUACGAGAAGAUACUCACUCGAGUCCCAUCUGGUCAAAAGGAUAUCGUGAAGCAGAUCCUACGGAUUAUUGUUAGUGCACGGCGCCCAUUAACAAUAAAGGAAAUGUCCAUGGCAUUAGGUGUGGCUGCCAAUCCUGAGGUGGCAAUUGCCGCAGCAGCUCGGCUUGAACCCACCAGGCUUAGUACGAAGAUACGACAACUCUGUGGGCUUUUUGUUUUCAUCAACAAGUCAAGGAUCUACCUUAUACACCAAACAGCCAGGGAAUUUCUUCUUGGGAGAAAUAUCAUCCACGAGCCUAUCUCGGAAUACUCCUUCGAAUUGCAAGAUGCUGAUAAGGAAAUGUCACAAAUCUGUAUCCGAUACUUGCAAAUGGAUGACCUAGAAGACCAUCGUCAACAAACAGAGUUUGAUAUUCAAUGUUUUCUGCCAUAUUCAGCAGUGUACUGGGCUGAUCAUGUUCGUGGAAUGUCCUCGUCGCAACAGCAAGAAAUCGUUAAUCUGGUACACAGUCUAUACUGCACAACCACCAGCAGACAUGAAUUGUGGUUCUCUAUCUUUUGGGAAGCUAUUAUGCCAAGGCAUCGAAAAGUUAGAAUGAAUGCAGUACAUCUGGCGGCCUUUAAUGGGCAUAGCCAUGUACUGAAACUGAUCAUCACGACAGAGGAGAAUACAAUAUAUGCAGAGGAUAGCAAAGGGGCUACUGCCUUAAUGUGGCCGUCAUUUAAAGGCUACUGUGAGGCUGUGCAAACGCUGUUAAACAACGGAGCCGAUGUCAACGCUCAGGGUGGAUCGUAUGGAAACGCCCUGUAUGCUGCUUCUGUUAGUGGCCAUGGCCAGAUAGUGCAGAUACUGUUAGACAACGGAGCAGAUGUCAACGCGAAGGGUCCAUGGUUUGGAAUGGCCCGACCGGAUGGACUUUUGGGAAAUGCCCUGCAGGCUGCUUCCUAUAUAGGAAAUAGCCAGAUUGUGCAGAUACUGUUGGAUAAAGGAGCCGAUGUCAACGCGCAGGGUGGACUUCAUGGAAAUGCCCUAGCGGCUGCUUCUUUUAGUUGUCAUGGCCAGGUUGUACAAAUCCUGUUAGACAACGGAGCCGAUGUCGACGCGCUGGGUGGACGUUUUGGAAGUGCCUUACAGGCUGCUUCUUUUAAAUGUCAUGGCCAGAUUGUACAAAUGCUGUUAGACAACGGAGCAGAUAUUAAUUCUAAGGGUGGACGUUUUGGAAAUGCCCUACAGGCUGCUUCUACUGGAGGCCAUAGUCAGAUUAUGCAAAUGCUGUUAGACAACGGAGCCGAUGUCAACGCGCAGGGUGGAGAAUAUGGAAAUGCCCUGCAGGCUGGUGCUUUUAGUGGGCAUAGCCAGAUUGUACAGAUACUGUUGGAUAAUGGAGCCGAUGUCAACGCGCAGGGUGGAGAAUAUGGAAAUGCCCUGCAGGCUGCUGCUUUUAGUGGGCAUAGCCAGAUUGUACAGAUACUGUUGGAUAAGGGAGCCGAUGUCAACGCGCAGGGUGGAAAGUAUAGAAAUGCCCUGCAGGCUGCUGCUUCUUGUGGGAAUAGCCAGAUUGUACAGACACUGUUGGAUAAAGGAGCCGAUGUCAGCGCGCAGGGUGGAUUUUUUGGGAAUGCUCUGCAGGCUGCUGCUUCUUGUGGGAAUAGCCAGAUUGUACAGACACUGUUGGAUAAAGGAGCCGAUGUCAACGCUCAGGGUGGACUUUAUGGAAAUGCUCUGCAGGCUGCUUCUACUGGAGGCCAUAGUCAGAUAGUGCAGAUGCUAUUAGACAACGGAGCCGAUGUCAACGCGCAAGGUGGUGAGUAUGGAAAUGCUCUGCUGGCUGCUACUAUCAGAGGCUAUAGCCAGAUUGUACAGAUACUGUUGGAUAAAGGAGCCGAUGUCAACGCUCAGGGUGGAUUAUGGAAAUGCCCUGCAGGCUGCUGCCUAUAGAGGAAAUAGCCAGAUUGUACAGAUACUGUUGGAUAAUGGAGCCGAUAUCAACACGCGGGGUGGAUGUUUUGGAAAUGCCCUGCAGGCUGCUGUCUCCAUGGAGCAUACCCAGAUUGUGCAGAUACUGUUGGAUAAAGGAGCCGAUAUCAAUACUCUGGGCGGAAAGUAUGGAAAUGCCCUGCAGGCUGCUACUAUCAGAGGCUAUAGCCAGAUUGUACAGAUACUGUUGGAUAAAGGAGCCGAUGUCAACGCGCAGGGUGGAGAAUAUGGAAAUGCCCUGCAGGCUGCUGCCUAUAGAGGAAAUAGCCAGAUUGUACAGAUACUGUUGGAUAAGGGAGCCGAUGUCAACGCGCAGGGUGGAUUUUAUGGAAAUGCCCUAAAGGCUGCUUACUCCAGAGGCUGUGGCCAGAUUGUUCAGAUGCUUUUGAACUAUCAAUUGCACAUUGAUGAACCGCCAUUGAAGAGACUCAAAAGUUUCUUGGGACGCUUAAUGUACAAGAUCUUAGAAUGACAUCGAAUUUUGCUUGCUAUUGCUCACUAUCUUCAGAACUCAGAUACAUUUUCACCCUUCCUGGUCUGCUUUAAUAAUAUCUCAUCA